UUCCAAAGCUUUAUAAAAAUAGUUGGGGUUCAUCAGGCAACGAAAAUACCAUAUCAUUACCUCCGAUAAGGUUACAUAAAAGCUUGAUGAGUUUGCAUUUUGUUAUUGUUUGUAUAUUAUGAAUCAUAACUUUUUUAAUUGGAUAAACUUGAUAAACGCCACAGUAACGCCUUUUACCACCAAAUUAUAAAAAGGCUUGGGGUAACUUUCAUUUUUUUAUUCUGUUCUUCAUAUUUUUUAUAUCUUUUUUUUUAUAUAUAUAUAAACACAAAAAAUAUGGUCUACAUUUGUUCUAUUUGCACAGAUUCAUUGGAUUCACCCGAUCAAUAUCCUGUGACUCUUCCUUGCAGGCACAUAUUUCAUAAUGACUGUGUUGGAGCUUGGAUUGAACAGCAAAAGAAGUGCCCUUUCUGUAAAAUGCACACAAAAACAGAAGACAUCAAGACUCUAUACUUCUCUAGCGAAGAAGAUGGUCCACGCAAUGAUUCUGACUGGAAGAACGCUGCUGCCAAAUAUAGGGUAUAUUUUAAGAAGGCUGCCGAAGACUUGAAGAUAAGCAGAGCAGCCAAUAUUUACUUGGAGAGAAGAAUUGAUGCGUAUAAGAAGAUUGCAAGGGAUUUAGUGAAAGAAGAAGAACUUCAAUGGAGACUAAGUGACAAUAAAAAAAGAUUGGAGCUCGAAUUGGAAACCGCUCAAAAGAAAAUUAUACAACAGGAAGAACUUAUAAAACAGCUGGAUCGUGACCUUGUUAACAGUGCAAAAAAUCUCAGCUAUCAAGUCGAAACAGCCAAAGAAAAGGAAAAUGAACUGAAAAGAAAGGACAGUGAGAUGUGGGACAAGUACCUAUUUAAGGAAGCAGAGCUCAGCAGUUGCAAAUCGGAUCUGGCGAGACAGACCGAAAAUCUAAGAAAACAAUUAUCAUUUUUUACAGACCAUCAUGUACAAUGCAUAAAUAGUGCAAUUCCUCAUUAAAUCAUCAAUAUAUGUGUGCUACACAAGCAUACUCUCAGAUUGCACAAGAAAAGACGGCUUUGAUAAAUGAAAAAU